AUGGACGCACUCGAUCGGCUAGAUAAUAUGUGGUUGGUGUGCCUCACUAUUUUCGGACUAACUGGGCUAUGUUACGCCCUGACUGGGUUGCAAAUCAUACCAGUUUGGCUUCGCUCAAAGCUUCAUAACCUCCGAGAUGGGACCCCACCGCAGUCGCUAUCACCGGAGAAGAGAACAGUGCAGUGUGCAGAUGUUCUACCACCUCAGGGCCGUCAGGCACUCGCUGCAGCACUGGAAUUUACGACAGGGAUCAAUGAAGUCAGCGAAGAGAAGGUUCUCAAACACAUCCUUCCCAUGACCACGGACUAUAGGUCCUGCGAGGAAGACAAAUACACUCCAACGGGGUUUUCAAUAGCUGAAAUUAAGGCCUUAGGGGACUUUCCAGACUAUGCGAAGCUCAGCGGUGUUCCCUUGCCUCAAGAGUACCUCGAGUGUGAGAUUAAAAAAGCGCUACCCAGCCAUAUCGGCCGUUCAGAUGGGGUUACCACCAGACAAUGUGUAACAUUGACAAAACUAGAAACGAAUUGGUGGAUAGAACUCGAGAACACCUACGAACAGCGGAUCGCGCAACGGAAGGAGUUGUACGCAAAGUAUGGGGAUGCAGUCCUAGGCUGGCUCCCCGGAUCAGAGCUGGCCUGUAAAGAGCUUAUGGAAAUGGUUCUGCAGUUCAUCUGCGCCCGCUAUCCACAAUACUUUUCCUUGGCGGACGGACGCAUCCUACAGAAUAGGAUCUUGGGAAUAGAACAGGAUAUUAGAUCCAAGCAUCCCCUUGAGAUCCUGCUCGACAAUGUUCCCGAGGACUUCGGUAUGAUGCUACGUGAUGACACAACGGGUAACUAUUUUUUGCGUGCUGGAGUGAUCUGUUCUUCUUUGGGAUGGGAUCUCGGCACCAAGAUCGGACUUCAGCUUCAUCAGAUCCAUGACCCAGUUCCAGAGUAUAAAGAGAAGAUGCAAUUCUCCAUGGAUCGGUAUUUCACCAAAAUGCCGACCGACAAACCGAUACAAAGAGGGUCUUGGGGCCUUGAAGUCGGGCAGCCGUUGUAUAUGCCCAAAGGGGACCCUCAUGAGAAACUCCGACUUUACCAAGAUCCCAAUAUCCAGCUAGAGGACUGCUAUCUCAGGGUGGACUGGCAAACACUCCGCCGCCUUCCUCUCUCGGGAUCUAUCGUAUUCAACUUCAAGGCACUGUUCACACCUGUGACUGAAUUCCGGGACGAGCCUGGCGUGCCCGCAUUGAUAACCAAGGUCUUGAAGGAGGGCAAGAGAAGUAUAAUGGAGUAUAAGAAUACCUGGCACGUGGAGCAUGUUAUACUUCCCAAGCUUGAAGAAUGGGCAAAAGAACAAGAAGAGAAUGGGCUCGUGCCCAGUGGUUGGGAGGUAGCUACAUUGGAUGACAGUCCAUGGUAUCAAAAUUGGCAGAAGAAGUGGCAUCGCCAACAGGGCUUUUAG